AUGACUGAGGCAUUGAAAGUUGCUGAUGUGCCAUCUCGCAUUUCAGAUGAUGAGAUAGAUACAAAGCUUUUAUCAGAUCGCCAAAACACUUUGAAGAUUAAAAUUACUUUGAAAAUGGACAUGCAUCAUGCUUUAGUACUGUUUCUCUUGACUCUGGCUUUACAGCAAGCAACACAUGUGCAAUCGUUUAUCACAUAUGCUGAACGUAUGAGCAAUGAAACUCUUCAAAUUAAUCCUCCACGACAUCACCAAAUCCCAUUAACGGAUCAGUCAUUUGUACUAGUAGCACCAGCAAAAACUGAUGAAAUCAAUUUUACAGAUGAUGAAUCAGACAAUAGCCACCACAUCGGUAAAAUAGUUACCCUCUACAAACGACGAAAUGGCGUGCCAUUAUUUGGUCGGCGGUGGAUACCUGGAAAACGCCGAGUACCACUGUACGGUUGA